AAUGGGGUAAAUGCAACAGUAUCUCUCGGUACACAACACAACACAGACCACAAUGUUCAAGCUGGUGGUGUUGUCCGUCUUCCUGGCCGCAGCGACUGCCAAGCCCAGCGCCAUCGCUCCCUGGGGCCUAGGCCUGGCCGGUCUAGGAGCGCCACUCCUGGGAGCCCAUUUGGCUGCUCCCCUCGCGCCUGUUGUCAGCGCUCCAGUACUUGGCGCUUACAACUACAGAGGCCCCCUGUCUUUGGGUCCAGGCCAACCUGCAAACAUUGUGGCAGCUGACGGCAGACCCCUGGACACCCUUAGUGUAAACUUGGACCGCGCCGCCCACUACACCGCGAGAGCCGUAGAUGGAGCUCACGGAAUUGGCCUUGGACUUGGUCACAUCCUGAGGAAACGCUCGGCCCCUCUGCUGGCUCCCGCCAGCGCUUGGUCCCACACCGCUCGUGUUGAUUGGCCCGCUGCACGCCUGGCUGCUCCUUGGGGCGCUCCCCUGGGUGUUGCUCCCUUAGCGCACGCCGGAGUCCUAGGUCCCGCGGGAGUCCUAGGUAACGCGGGUUUGUUGGCGCGCCCUGCCCUCCUAGGACAUGGUGCUUUGGGUCUUUGGUUGUAUGGGCAUCAGUCGUUUCCAAGAACAACUUAUUCCACAAUGUUCAAACUUGUAGUAUUGUGUGCUUUCCUGGCCGUCGGGGCCGCGGAGCCGGAGCCCGAGCCCAAGCCCGGCACCUUCAUCGCAGCGCCCUUCCAGACUUAUGCCGCCACCGCCGUGCUCUCCCCGUCCACCACCACCAUCACCAAGCAGGCCAGCAGUGUCGUGCACCCAUCUCCUUACUACGUGUCAUCACCUCUGGUCUACUCGCAUUUCAUCAAGAAACGAUCUCCGUCUCCAGGGGCUUUCUCUUACAUCGCACCUUCAGCAUACUCCGUGCCAACCUACGGUGCCUACCCCCUGCCCUAUGCCGGCGCUUACGCAGCCCCUCUGUACAAUUCUGCUCCUAUUCUGCCAGCUGCCGCAGCGCUGCCUUACGCCACAACUCAUCUGAUCAAGAAGAGGUCCGCGCCCCUAUUCCCCUCGAGUUACAUCGCGCCCGCCAGUUAUGCCGCCACAACCCCAUAUUUGGCAUCCACCUAUAGCGCUCCUGUUUACACUGCCCCUGUGCUCUCCCAGCCCAUAAUCUCCCAGCCUCUGCUCUCAACCCACUUCAUCAAGAAGCGUUCUGCUCCCAUUUUUCCCGCCGUAAGCACCUACUUGGCUCCAUCAUCUUACUCCCACCAGUCCAGGAUUGACCUCCAAUCUGCUGGUCCCCUGUACACCUACCCAGCGUACUCCCAGCCUAUUGCCUACUCUCAUGUGUAUUAGAGUAUUAACACAGUAUAAAUACUGCAUGAUGUAAUAAGACUGUAAAUCCUAAAUUUCAUUAUACCCAGAAAUAGAAAUCUGUAUGUAAAUACCCACAACCAUUUAGGUGAUAAUUGAAAUAAAUUACAUUUUGUACAUUA